UUGAAUGAAUCUCCACUUUUUCUUUAUUUUCCUCACUGAUUCACACUUCCAAUUUGCUUCUUGUUCUUGUUCGUUUUGAUCAGAAACGAUGUCAUUUUUGCAUUGCAGAUUUUAUUUGAUUCUGACAAAAAUGCUAUGAUCUGUUUUUAAUUCUUUGAAUCACAUAAAUUUCCGUGUUGAGAUUUUCACUUUUUUCAAAAUUUUUUUAUUUAUUUGUAGAUUUUAAUUAAGUUUUGCAUUGCUUGCAAUUCAUAUUCUGGUGCUCAGCGUCCUGGAUCUGAAGGUGGGAUUAAAGGCUUUGUUAGAUGAUUUGAGUUUGUGCUGUUUUCCUAGUUUUAUAGCGUGGGAGAAGUGAAAAGCAUUUUGAGAUGGGGAUUUUUGAUGGAUUUCCCAUUCCUCCAGAUAAAGAAUAUUUAAGGGAUGAGCUUUCAAGAAUAGAUGAGAGUUGGGCAGCUGCACGUUUUGAUUCACUACCUCAUGUCGUCCGUAUCCUGACCUCAAAAGAUCGUGAAGGUGAGGUCCAGGAUUUAAAGGAACAAAGCGAUGUUGUUGAGGAUGUUGUAGAUGAAGUUGUGCAUGCUUAUCAUGGUGGCUUCAACAAAGCAAUUCAAAAUUAUUCUCAGAUCUUGCGGUUAUUCAGUGAAUCUACUGAAAGUAUUGGUGUCUUAAAGGUUGAUUUGGCUGAGGCAAAGAAACGUCUUGGUACACGCAAUAAACAAUUGCAUCAGUUAUGGUAUCGAUCUGUUACAUUGCGUCACAUAAUCUCCUUGUUAGAUCAGAUUGAGGGCAUAGCUAAGGUUCCUGCUCGUAUUGAGAAGCUUAUUUCUGAAAAGCAAUUUUAUGCUGCAGUUCAAUUGCAUGUUCAGUCAGCAUUGAUGCUUGAGCGAGAGGGCCUCCAAACGGUUGGUGCUCUCCAAGAUGUUCGAUCUGAACUAACAAAGUUGCGAGGGGUUCUGUUCUAUAAAGUGUUGGAGGAUUUGCAUGCACAUCUUUACAAUAAGGGUGAAUACAGCUCAGUUGCUUCAAGCAUGCAUGAAAAGGACGAUGAAGUUCCAACAACCACAGCUGUUGCAUUUGUAUCAAAUACUUCACAACCUGUUUCUCGAAGAACUAGGUCAGUGAGAGGUGAUGGUCAGUUUGGCAGUCAGGGGCUUGUAGAUGGAUCAUACAGGCUGGGUUCCAUUGAUGGAGGUUCAUCGUAUGAUGGCCAUGAUGAGGAUGGUUCUUUGGAGCCUCAUGAUGAAAGGCUUAACGGUGGUGAUGGGAAGGAUGUCAAACUCGUAUCCCAUCAAAUCCCAGUGUGGCUUCUGAAUUCCACUCCUGAUGAAUUUGUUGAAACAAUUAAAAAGAGUGAUGCUCCUGUUCACGUGAAGUAUUUGCAGACUAUGGUGGAAUGCCUCUGCUUACUUCACAAAGUAGCUGCAGCCGGUGCUGUAAUAUGCCAACGAUUGCGACCCACAAUUCAUGAGAUUAUCACAUCCAAGAUUAAAGCCCAUGCAGAAUUCAUUAAUUCUUCAAGGUCUGGAAUUGAUAAGGCCACUCGAACUGGCACCAGCAAUCUCCACUUUAUAAAGGGACAGUUAGAAAGCUACCAGUUACCAAAACAGAAGCGUCAAAACGGGAUAGCAUUGGCUGGGACUCUGUUGGCAGUGAGCCCUGUCUCGCCUGUGAUGGCUCCUACAGGAAAAGCACAGGCUGCUGCCAAAGAGCUUCUUGACUCAAUUUUGGACUCUGUUGUUCGGAUAUUUGAGAAUCAUAUUGUUGUUGGAGAGCUUAUUGAGUCAAAAUGUUCCCUACAAAGUGACACAAACACACCAAAGUCACUGUUAACAGAUGUAAACCUUGAUUCUGAAGCAUCUCAAGUUACUGGAGGCUACAGUAUCGGCUUUUCCUUGACAGUUUUACAGAGUGAAUGCCAACAAUUCAUAUGUGAGAUUCUUCGAGCAACCCCUGAGGCUGCAUCGGCAGAUGCCGCUGUACAAACUGCCAGGCUUGCAAGCAAGGUUCCUACAAAAGAAAAGAGGGAUGGAUCAGAAGAUGGCCUCACUUUUGCUUUCCGUUUCACUGAUGCUACCAUAUCAGUUCCUAACCAGGGAGUUGAUCUCAUUCGCCAAGGAUGGAGUAGGAGGGCUCCCAAUGUGUUACAAGAAGGUUAUGGCUCUGCAGCUGUCUUGCCUGAGCAAGGCAUUUAUCUAGCAGCAUCUGUAUAUCGGCCUGUUCUUCAGUUUACCGAUAGGAUUGCUUCUAUGCUGCCUAAAAAGUAUUCCCAGCUUGGGAAUGAUGGACUGCUAACCUUUGUGGAGAACUUUGUAAAGGACCACCUUUUACCAACCAUGUUUGUUGACUACCGAAAAGGCGUUCAACAAGCUAUAUCAAGUCCGGCUGCAUUUCGUCCACGGGCAAAUACUAGCGUUUCAUAUGCUAUAUCUGUUGAGAAGGGUCGACCUGUCUUGCAGGGGCUUCUGGCUAUUGAUUUCUUAGCAAAAGAGGUGCUUGGUUGGGCUCAAGCGAUGCCUAAAUUUUCUGCUGACCUUGUGAAGUAUGUGCAAACUUUCCUUGAGCGAACCUAUGAAAGAUGUCGAACUUCAUACAUGGAGGCAGUUCUUGAGAAGCAGAGUUAUAUGCUCAUUGGAAGGCAUGAUAUUGAAAAAUUGAUGCGACAUGAUCCAUCUAGCGCGUGUUUACCAAAUGCACUUGGUCAGUCAAAUGUGAGAAAUAUUGCUUCUGAUGCAGAAAGUGUUGAGGUUGAAUCAGAACUAAGUGAACUUCUCUUAAAUUUGCGUCCUAUUAAGCAGGAGAAUCUAAUUCGCGAUGACAAUAAACUUGUUUUGUUGGCAUCCCUGAGUGAUUCGUUGGAGUAUGUUGCAGACUCAAUUGAAAGACUUGUACAAGGGACCCCACAAACAUCAAAUCAUGUAGAGAGUGGCAAGCCUAGCCAUACACGAACAAGCAGUUCACCCACUAGGGAUUUGGCAUCAUUUGCUGAUGAGUACAGAAAACUAGCAAUUGAUUGCUUGAAAGUUUUACGUGUGGAGAUGCAGUUGGAAACAAUUUUCCACUUGCAGGAAAUGACAGAUAGGGAAUACCUGGAAAAUCAAGAUGCAGAAGAGCCUGAUGACUUUGUUAUUUCACUUACUGCACAGAUAACACGCAGGGAUGAGGAAAUGGUGCCUUUUGUUGCUGGAGUGAAACGGAAUUACAUAUUCGGUGGAAUAUGUAGUAUUGCUGCAAAUGCAUCCAUUAAGGCUUUGGCCAAUAUGAAAUCGACCAACCUGUUUGGAGUUCAGCAGAUAUGUCGGAAUUCAAUUGCUCUAGAGCAGGCCCUUGCAGCUAUUCCUUCAAUUGACAGUGAAGUUGUACGGCAGAGAUUAGAUCAUGUUCGAACCUAUUAUGAACUGUUAAAUAUGCCAUUUGAGGCUUUGCUUGCCUUCAUUGCUGAGCAUGAGCACUUGUUUACAGCUGCAGAGUAUGUUAAUCUUCUCAAAGUCCAGGUCCCAGGAAGAGAGAUACCUCCUGAUGCACAAGAUCGAGUAUCAGAGAUUUUAUCCCAUUAGCACUCCAAAAUGACUUGAUCUGUUAUCUUCCAAAGUCAUAUGACCUUUGCUUGCAUGGAUAAUUACCCAUCUCCUAAUUGGUACAGCACAUUGGAAGCUAUUGUUCAACAUGUGCCAAAUAGCAGUAUACUUUUGUCAAAUAUCAGAGAUACGAGGUUUGUUCUAUCGCAUUUGUAAUUAUAAUUUAUUCUUUAUGUAGUAUCAAUUUUGUGAGCUUUGUGUUUCUCCAUGCGUUUGUUUAGUGCUUUUGUUUAGUGUUUGGUGAUGACAGAUUAAGAGUACAAACAUCAUGUUAUGCUGUCGACUAUAUGGUCAUUGUCUUGUUGUCUUCCUGUUAUUGAGAUCGAACAUUUUAUCUUCUAACCUCCAUUGAAAGUACAAGUUCAAUAAGAAACUUAAAGUUUAAUCGAAUUAGGGAUACCCUUUGAGAACCGAGGCAUCUCUUUAUACGUUAGGCUGUUUUGGAUGUUUAUUUAAUUCCAACUGUUUUGACUUAAGAUAAACUAGAACUAAUUCUAAUUGCCAGAAUCUUUUAAAUGAUUUGGUGACAUUUUUGAAGCUAGAAAUGCUUAGUUUCUAUGAAUCCGUUGUGUUGGAUAGGUUUUUGAAACUAGAAA